AUGUCUUCUGAAGAGUCAGUUCAUGUACAACUAGGCCCACGAAAAUGGAAACUAGGUGGUGAAUAUUUGAAAUUGAUGGAACCAUGCAAUCAAUGUUUGGAAGCUGAAGAUGUAGGUUUAGCAUUGAGAAAUCAAUUGGAUGAAAAAGGUUAUAUCUAUUUGAAACAUGUCAUACAAGAAGAAGAUGUACUAAAAGCAAGAGCGACAGGUAAAAUGGCAUCCGAUUUCCCAAAAAUAGAACUAGUCUACCUUGUUUCAGUUCUUGAAUACAUUCAAAAUCUAAAUGAUACCGGUGUACUAGAGAAGCCCGUAUUCUCGUCAUCGUACAUUGAUGGCAUUCUGUCACGUGGUUGCGAUGUGGGAUGCGUUCCCUUUAUGGAAGGAAUCAACCCAAUCACUACUCACUCAGCCGUUUCAGCGAUCAUCGAAAAUCCGAAAUUGUAUCAGAUCUUCACUAACAUAUUUCACGGUGUACGUCCUAUAACGUUUGGUUAUAAAUGGUUGCGAGGUAUGCAUCAAGGUGGUAAUACUGGUUGUCACAUGGAUCGAGUCUACAUGAACCGUGGCUCGUCACAAUUGUUAACAUGUUGGAUCCCAUUGGAUAAUCUGACAUUGGAUAUGAGUGUACUAGCAGUUCUAGAAGGUAGUCACCGAAUGGAUAGACCAGAUGAGAGUGGGUAUACAAAAUUACANGGAUCCGAGUAUGGGAUUGUGCGACCUGGGUAUUACACAUUUUCACAAUGGCAACUGCAAGAAACUGAUGAAAUCAGUGAUACCUCUGAAUUCAACAAGAAAUUCUCCUCUUCGUCUAACUGGUCGACAUUUUCUUGCACUCAUUCCACAAAUAUCACAAUCAAACCAGCCUCGAAGAAAAUGCGUCGUUUUUGCAUCACAUAA